AAGUGACCUGUCAUCUCUCUCUAUCGAAAAACGAAGAUAUGGAUAGUCAUGAAGGUUGUUGCGGCAGCGACGAAAAGUCCGAGAUGAUACCGACGGAGGAAGCUCUUAGGAUAGUACUCAGCGUCUCCGAGCGAUUGCCUCCGGUAGCCGUAUCACUACAUGAAGCGCUAGGGAAAGUGUUGGCGGAAGAUAUUCGCGCUCCUGAUCCUCUGCCUCCGUAUCCAGCUUCCGUCAAGGAUGGAUAUGCGGUUGUUGCUUCAGAUGGUCCUGGAGAGUAUCCGGUGAUUACAGAAUCAAGAGCUGGGAAUGAUGGCUUGGGUGUGACUGUUACUCCUGGAGCUGUGGCUUAUGUUACAACUGGUGGACCUAUACCUGAUGGUGCCGAUGCAGUUGUCCAAGUUGAGGACACUGAAAUAAUUGGAGACGUCUCAACUGAGCCAAGAAGAGUCAAAAUACUGAUUCAAACCAAGAAAGGCACUGACAUCCGUAGGGUGGGUUGUGACAUUGAGAAAGAUGCAACUGUACUAAAAACUGGAGAAAGGAUUGGUGCCUCAGAAAUUGGCUUGCUAGCAACUGCCGGAGUAACCUUGGUGAAGGUAUAUCCUAUGCCGACAGUUGCUGUUCUCUCUACUGGGGAUGAACUUGUCGAGCCAACAGCUGGGACUUUAGGUCGUGGUCAGAUAAGGGACUCAAAUCGAGCAAUGUUAGUGGCAGCAGUGAUGCAGCAGCAAUGCAAAGUUGUUGAUCUCGGAAUCGUCAGAGAUGAUAGAAAGGAGCUUGAGAGAGUUUUGGAUGAAGUCAUAUCCUCUGGAGUCGAUAUUAUUCUAUCGUCUGGUGGUGUUUCAAUGGGAGACAGGGAUUUUGUCAAGCCAUUGCUCAAAGAGAAAGGGAAAGUACAUUUCAGCAAGGUAUUAAUGAAACCUGGGAAACCUUUGACGUUUGCUGAGAUCAGUGCAAAACCAACUGGAAGUAUGAUGGGGAAAACAGUCCUAGCAUUUGGGUUACCAGGAAAUCCUGUAAGCUGUUUAGUUUGUUUCAAUCUCUUUGUUGUGCCUGCAAUCCGCCAGCUUGCAGGAUGGACAAGCCCCCAUCCAGUGAGAGUGCAAGCUCGACUUCAGCAGCCUAUAAAGUCAGAUUCCCUCCGUCCGGAGUUUCAUCGAGCCAUCAUCAAAUGGAAAGAGAACGAUGGAUCAGGAACUUCCGGAUUUAUUGCUGAGAGCACAGGACAUCAGAUGAGCAGUCGGCUUUUAAGUAUGAGGUCGGCUAAUGCUCUGUUGGAGUUGCCUGCUACGGGGAAUGUGCUUUCUGCUGGAACUUCGGUAUCAGCUGUAGUCGUUUCCGAUAUCAGUGGCUUCUCUGUAGAUAAGAGAAACACAUCAUCAAAACCAGUAUCUAUUCCGAAAGAAGUGAAGAAGGAUCAUGUACAUGGGCCUGGUUAUAAUGUGGCUAUACUUACUGUUAGUGAUACUGUCUCAGUUGGGGCUGGACCUGAUCGAAGCGGGCCCAGGGCUGUAUCAGUGAUUAAUUCCUCGUCUGAAAAACUGGGAGGAGCGAAGGUAGUUGCAACAGCUGUUGUCCCCGAUGAAGUUGAAAGAAUCAAAGACAUUCUUCAGAAAUGGAGCGAUGUUGACGAAAUUGAUCUCAUUCUUACACUUGGUGGUACUGGCUUCACUCCAAGAGACGUAACACCUGAAGCAACGAAACAAGUGAUUCAGAGAGAAACACCUGGUCUUCUCUUCGUUAUGAUGCAAGAGAGCUUAAAGAUCACGCCAUUUGCGAUGCUAUCACGCUCUGCAGCAGGAAUUAGAGGCUCAACAUUGAUAAUCAACAUGCCCGGGAACCCAAACGCAGUGGCCGAGUGUAUGGAGGCACUGUUACCAGCUUUGAAGCACGCUCUAAAGCAGAUCAAAGGAGACAAGAGAGAGAAACAUCCAAAUCACAUACCUCAUGCAGAAGCCAGCCCCGCACCUGCUGGUGAUACAUGGGACAAAAGCUAUAAGACGGCAUAUGAAGGAGCAGAAGAGACAAAAGAAGCUGGCUGUUCUUGUACUCACUAAAAAGCUUCUCCACUCAGUGAAUCAAACCCCAAGCGAAUGUAAAACCUUUUGAGAAGUUUUGUGUUUUUACUGAGUUUCAUGAAACCCAAAACUAUAAGGUGCUAAAGACAUUGUUGUAAGCUUUGUAAUAAAGUGUCCUUUGUGUAAAAAUGCCUGCACCCUAAUGAGAAAAAUAAAAUUUGUUGGA